GGCGGGCAUUCCCAGCGGCCCCUUUGUGUGGGCACCAGUCGCCGGCCGAGCCGCCGAGGAGGAGCAGCCGCCAUUUUGUGCGUGUCCGUGUGCGCACAGCCCCCCCCCACCCCCUCCUUCCCGCUCCGCGCUGGGACCAGGCUCGGCUCGGGCCUGAGGCCGCAGUGGCUGCGGAGGCCUCGGAGCUGCCCCCCGGCCGGACGAAGACGCCCGGGCGCGGCCCCGGCAUGGAGAACUCGCAGCUCUGCAAGCUGUUCAUCGGCGGCCUCAACGUGCAGACCACGGAGGCCGGGCUGCGGGAGCACUUCGCGGCCUACGGCACCCUCACCGACUGCGUGGUGGUGCUCAAUCCGCAGACCAAGCGCUCGCGCUGCUUCGGCUUCGUCACCUACUCGGCCGUGGAGGAGGCCGACGCCGCCAUGGCCGCCUCCCCCCACGCCGUGGACGGCAACGCGGUGGAGCUGAAGCGCGCCGUGUCGCGGGAGGACUCGGCCAAGCCCGGUGCCCACGCCAAGGUGAAGAAGCUCUUCGUGGGCGGCCUCAAGGGGGACGUGGGCGAGGGGGACCUGGUGCAGCACUUCAGCCAGUUCGGCCCCGUGGAGAAGGCCGAGAUCAUCGCUGACAAGCAAAGUGGCAAGAAGCGUGGCUUUGGCUUCGUCUAUUUCCAGAACCACGAUGCGGCUGAUAAGGCGGCUGUGGUCAAGUUCCACCCCAUCCAGGGCCACCGCGUGGAGGUCAAGAAGGCCGUGCCCAAGGAGGACAUUCAGGCGGGAGGCGGCGGCGGCGGGGGGGUGGGCAGCGGGGUGGGGAAGCGUCUUGCUGAUCCGGAGUAA